GGGCUGUGGGGGGUGGCUGGCGUCUUGGUCGGCGGAGCCGGAGCGCGCGGCUGCACCCGUGGGGCCAUGGCGCGACAGGCGGCCCGGGAGCAGGGCAUCACCCUGCGCGGGAGCGCGGAGAUCGUGGCCGAGUUCUUCUCAUUUGGCAUCAACAGCAUUUUGUAUCAGCGUGGCAUUUAUCCGUCUGAAACCUUCACGCGAGUGCAGAAAUACGGACUCACCUUGCUUGUAACUACGGAUCCCGAGCUCAUAAAAUACCUGAAUAAUGUGGUGGAACAACUGAAAGAAUGGCUGUACAGAUGCUCAGUUCAGAAACUGGUGGUCGUCAUCUCAAAUAUUGAAAGUGGUGAGGUCCUGGAAAGAUGGCAAUUUGAUAUCGAAUGUGACAAGACUGCAAAAGAAGAUAGUGCUCCGAGAGAAAAGUCUCAGAAAGUUAUCCAGGAUGAAAUCCGUUCAGUGAUCAGACAGAUUACAGCUACGGUGACAUUUCUGCCGCUACUGGAAGUUUCAUGUUCAUUUGAUCUACUGAUUUAUACUGACAAAGAUUUGGUUGUUCCUGAAAAAUGGGAAGAGUCUGGACCACAGUUUAUUAGCAAUUCUGAAGAAGUCCGUCUCCGUUCAUUUACUACAACUAUCCACAAAGUAAACAGCAUGGUGGCCUACAAAAUUCCUGUCAAUGACUGAUGAUGAGUUGAGGAAAAUAAUGUAAUUCCCAAAUGUGGUUUUUCUUGAAAUGAAGUCAACUGUAGUUAAUAAGUUUGAUUUCAUUGGUUAAGUUUUAGAGGAACAAAGGCAGUUUUAUACUUUACUGAGCUGUGCAUAACUAUCCCACUUGGGGAUGUCUGUCUUACCAUAGGGUUAACAUUAAUUGCACAUCAUGAAAAAGGAAACAGCAGAUUUCAUCAGCAUUGUAAUGUCUAUUCAAAGUAGUAAUUACAGAUAGAAAAAUCUGUGUUACGAAGCUAAAUACCUACAUAAAUCAGACAUUUGGGUCAAGUAGCUUGACUCGGAAUCUAGAUAGGAAAAUACACAUUUAUAUAAAAUAGAGAAAAAGAAGUCUGAAUGUUCAGAUUCUUUGUUUAGAUCCUGAAAGUAACUAAUGGUUCCAAAGCAAUGAAAAUGUUGCUUUAUUGGAUCCUCUUAUCAUUUAUGUCACUGUAUAGUUCUGUAUCAAAAAAGAUUUCUAAUUAUUUUAAUUUAUGUAAGUUGAACCCAUGAAACAAUGAGUAUCUCUACUGUUUCAUUUCCUGUGAUGCAAAACUCUUAAAAUGUUUUUUUAUGUUUUAUGAAAUCAAGUCUAAAAUGACACGGGUGAAAUAAAGUUAAAUUGGUAUGUUUUGA